CCUUUACCCCUCACGCCAGCCACAGGCCACAGCCAGCCCACGCUACAAAGAGCCGAUCAUGCCUUCCCACAGGCCGUCCCCUGCACACGCUCACACUCACACACACACACACACACACACACACACACACACAAUCUAGUCUCCUGAUCUCGUCUCUCAAUCCCGUAGAUCACUUCCACAGUAGUUAGCCAGCUAGCCAGCUGCCUGGAUUAGCCAUGUCCUGCUUCGCCGUGCCCGUGCGCACCUCGUCGUCGUCGUUGAGGAUAAGCGGCAGCAGGCAGCCGUGGCGGUGGUGGCGCAAGUGCGCGGGCCUCGCCGCCGCGGCGCACACCAAGCUCCGCCGCACCGUCUUACGCGUCCGGUGGUCGGCGACGGGGCGGCUGGGCGGCCACCGUCGGCGCGCGCCGGCGCCGCCCCUGCUGUCUGUGCAGCGCGGGGACCACAUGAGCUUCGCGCCGGUCUAUGUCGACGAGCUCUACAGCCAGCCCAAGGGCCUCAGCGUCGUGCACGAGGAGCAGCGGCCGCAGCCCAGCACCAGCAAACUCGCACGGCCAGCCGGCGGGGUGAACAAGGCACGCGUGCAUGGCGUCGCCGCUGCUACCGGUGGCAACAAAGCAUGUGCGGCGGCUGCGGCCGCCAAGAGCCUCGGCGUGAGGGGCUUCUUGCUGAGCCCGGGCAGAGGAGGCGUUGGGAUGGGGGAGGUGGACGUGAGGGCGGAGAUGUUCAUCAGGAAGUUCAGGGAGGAGAUGAGGCUGCAGAGCCAGAGGUCGGCCGAGGAACUCCAGGCCAUGCUUGCAAGAGGCCUAUGACCUCCAUCGUACUAGUAAUAAUAACUCGUCUUCUCAUGGAUGUACUUAAUUAGCCAUGAGGAUGCGUAGAUUAGCUAUAGCUUGGUUUGGUUUGCCGCUUGAAGAAAGUUGGAAAAUGUUUCGAUUGGGAGCUUGGAUUUCGCCUUGUGUAUAGGAUUGUAGAGCUUGGUUUUCGACUUGUAUAUAGGAUGGUAGCAUUCGUUGAUCAUCGCAUGGAAGUACAUGUACUGUUGGGUAUUCAUUAAAAGAUGAAAAGAUGAUAACAAAAAAAAAUUGUAUACCUUCGUA